ACCCCAAACCACCUCUAAACAUUAAAACUCUCUCAACAUCCCAACCAAAAAGUAGUCUUCUCCACAAGUAACCUGCAAAUCAAUGGAUCCUUACAAGUACCGUCCAUCAAGCGCUUACAAUGCCCCGUUUUGGACCACUAAUUAUGGUGCUCCGGUUUACAACAACGACUCCUCAUUGACAGUUGGCACCAGAGGCCCAAUCCUUCUAGAAGAUUACCAUUUUGUGGAGAAACUAGCUAACUUCGACCGCGAACGUAUACCCGAACGCGUGGUUCAUGCCAGGGGUGCUAGUGCAAAGGGCUUUUUCGAAGUCACACACGACAUUUCUGCCCUCACAUGUGCCGAUUUUCUUCGCGCCCCUGGUGUCCAAACACCUGUUAUCGUCCGUUUCUCUACUGUUAUUCACGAGCGUGGAAGUCCAGAAACUCUCAGAGAUCCUAGAGGUUUCGCAGUCAAAUUCUAUACCCGAGAGGGAAACUUCGAUUUGGUGGGAAACAAUUUCCCCGUGUUCUUUAUUCGCGACGGGAUGAAGUUUCCGGACAUGGUUCAUUCACUAAAACCGAAUCCUAAGUCACACAUUCAAGAAGACUGGAGAAUUCUCGACUUUUUCUCGCACCAUCCCGAGAGUCUACACAUGUUCACAUUUCUUCAAGACGACGUUGGCGUGCCGCAAGAUUACCGACACAUGGACGGUUCUGGUGUCAACACCUACACUCUGAUUAACAAAACCGGGAAAACACAUUACGUGAAGUUUCACUGGAGACCGACAUGCGGAGUAAAAUGCUUGUUGGAGGACGAAGCCAUCAAGGUUGGUGGAAUGAAUCACAGCCACGCAACAAAAGAUCUUUACGAUUCUAUUGCGGAUGGGAAUUAUCCGGAAUGGAAGCUUUUCAUUCAGACUAUGGAUCCGGAUCAUGAGGAUAGGUUUGACUUUGACCCGCUUGAUGUGACCAAGACCUGGCCCGAGGAUAUCUUGCCUUUGCAGCCUGUGGGUCGUAUGGUUUUGAACAAGAACAUUGAUAACUUCUUUGCGGAGAAUGAACAACUGGCGUUUUGCCCUGCGAUCAUUGUGCCUGGGAUUUAUUAUUCGGAUGAUAAGCUGCUUCAAACGCGUAUCUUCUCGUAUGCUGACACGCAGAGGCAUCGUCUUGGACCGAACUAUUUGCAGCUUCCUGCUAACGCUCCUAAGUGUGCUCAUCAUAAUAAUCAUCAUGAUGGAUUCAUGAAUUUCAUGCACAGGGAUGAGGAGGUGAAUUACUUCCCUUCAAGAUACGAUCCCGUUCGUCAUGCUGAGCAGUACCCUAUUCCUCCUGUAAUGCUGUCAGGAAAGCGCAAUAAGUGUGUGAUCGAGAAAGAGAACAACUUCAAGCAGCCAGGAGAGAGAUUUAGAUCCUGGGAUCCAGAUAGACAAGAACGAUUUAUCCGCAGAAUUGUCGGUGCUCUGUCUGAUCCGCGUGUUACCCACGAGGUCUGCACAAUUUGGGUUUCAUACUGGUCUCAGGCUGACAAGUCUCUUGGGCAGAAGAUAGCUUCCCGCUUGAAUGUGAAGCCAAGUUACUAAAGAGUAAGAUCCGAAUAACAUGUUAACAAAUCCGUCAGGUUGUGGUAUGCAAAGUAGUUUAGACUAGUCGUGUGAGUCGGUUAUGCUAUCGAAUCUGGUGUUAAAAGUUGUUAAGUCUUUUCUUUGGUUGUAGUAAUGUUGAAUAGCUUAUGUGAUAAUGUUCUUGACAUGCCAACUUUUGAUGUAGUUCUAAGGGCACACGGGGUGGUCCGUUAUACCACCCCGAUCACUUGUUAA